AUGAUACUCAGCAGAGCAGGCUGGUGGACUGUUUUUGCAUGUUUAGCUGGAUUGGCAUGGAUAUUCAUUCUUCAUUUUCGUUCAUGGAUUCUGAGUAGAGGAAAAAAGCUGCCCCCUGGUAAUAUGGGUUGGCCUUUAAUUGGAGAAACUUUUUACUUUAUGAAGCCCCACCCAUCUACCUCAACAGGCACAUUUCUUCAGAAGAAUUGCAAACUGUAUGGCAAGAUUUUUUCCUCUCAUGUGUUUGGGCAGCCCACAAUUGUAUCCUGUGAUUUCGAUUUUAAUAUGUAUGUUCUGCUGAAUGAGGAUCGGUUGUUUCAGAGCAGUUACCCCAAGUCUGUUAAUAGUAUUCUGGGGGAGUUUUCUAUGCUGAUCGCUGUGGGUGAUGCCCACAAGAGAAUGCGAUCUCUGGCAUUGAAUAUGAUCAAUACUGCUAAAAAGAGCACUGGGUUUUUAAAUGAUAUCGAGUGGCAUGCACUGUAUGUGUUUGAUCACUGGAAUCAUCAACAGGACAUAGUGUUCUCUAAGGAGGCUAAAAAGUUUACAUUCAAUCUAAUGGUGAAGCAGCUAGUAAGUCUAAUGCCAGGGAGUCCUCAGUCAUCCCAAAUUUUGAGCGAUCUGUUGACAUUCAUGGAUGGGUUAGUUGCAUUUCCUCUCAACAUCCCUGGUACACAUUAUUCAAAAGCUCUGAAGUCAAGGUCCAGAAUUCUUUCUACUUUGAAAGGUAUGAUACACCAAAGAAGAAACGGAAAUGACGUUCUGAGUGGAGAUUUUCUGGACUCACUCAUCACAAAUACUAAUCUUUCGGAUGAAGAGAUAUUAAAUCUUGUUAUGGACCUUAUCUUUGGUGGCUACGAAACGACAUCUACCUUGAUAGCUUUAAUUCUUAAGUUUCUAACUGAAUGCCCUAAGGCACUGCAGCAGAUAAAGAGUGAGCAUGAAGCUAUCAAAAGAGCAAAAGGAAAAGAUGAAAGUUUAACAUUUGAUGAUUACAGACAAAUGACAUUCACCCAAAAUGUCAUCGAUGAGACUCUACGACUGGGAAACGUGGUCAAAUUUGUACAUAGAAAGACUAUAAAGGACAUCAAAUUUAAAGACUACGAUAUUCCAGCUGGUUGGAAGGUGCUUCCGAUUCUAAGUGCUGUGCAUUUAGAUUCAUCUAAUUAUGACAAUCCGUUUGAGUUCAAUCCAUGGAGGUGGCAGGAGCCCACAACUGGAAAGAGAUUUAUUCCCUUCGGUGGAGGUGCACGACUUUGCCCUGGAUAUGAAAUGGGUAGAAUAGAGGCAGCUGUGUUUAUCCACCAUCUUCUCUUAAAAUUCAGGUGGAGAAUGAGGGAGCCGGACAUUCCAAUGUCAUAUCCAUAUCUGGAUUUCGAGAAGGGUUUGUGCAUUAGCGUUGAGCGUUUAUAA